UGUGCGCAUGCGCACUGUAAAUCACCAAAGCUGUAAUAUCAGUGAGGCUUGUUUUUCUAGUACGCAGCAGGCGCUCAACGAUGAUGGACUGAUAUAUUUGUAAUUUAUAAAGAUGUAAGAAUAAAAAUGCACGUCUUUAUCUAACGUUAACGCAUAAGGAACGGAAAAAAACGGAGUGGGUGAUUGUUUCAGCAGGGCAAAAUGUCUACUAAUAACAACAUCAUGUCCAAGAAGAUCCGGACGGAGUACAUGAAGAAGUUCAGAGAUCCCAAGUGGGAGACGUUCUCGAAAUCCUACGAGGACUCUGUGAAAUACAGACUGACGCGGAGGCUGAUGGAGCAGACGCACAGACCGUUAUUCGGGGACGGAUGGGACAGCGGGUCCGACUCGAGCGGAAGGUCCAGUCCCAAACUGCAGGAAGUGAACGUCUCAAAUGGCAAACAAUACAUAUCCUCAUCAGAAUCUAGGAAUGAGAAUGCAGAGGUUCUGAACUCCUGGAAGCCGCAGGUGAAUGGAGAAGUUCACACGGAUACUAGUGCAACAGUGGAAAGCUCACUUCCCAUGGAAAAUGGUUACAAAGAUGCGACUCCUAACGGACCGUCAGAAUUGAAUCCAAAACGGCGACAGCGACACCGGGCGCCCCGUUCUGAGCCGUGCUAUCCUAAUAAAGAGCUGGAUACUGAUGAAUCUCAAAUAUCCGUAUCAAGAAAACCAUCCAGGGCCAAGAGCCAACCACCGGGCAACACCAAGGAGCGGGCAUCCAACCGUGAGAACAGACGGUCUUUUAUCCGUUAUGACUGGGCGGAAAGGCACAUUGAGACUAGGGACAGAAAGACACCAAAUAUGAGAGCGUCUAUGUCCGCUGGAGAGAUUCAUCGGGCCGACGUCGGCGUCCAGACACGAAGAGAGGCCAAAAAAAGUGGACGAGCUUCAGACCACCGGAGGGCGAGGUCAGCUGACCUGGAGAAGUCCCGGAGAUCAGCACUGAGUGUGGCGGACGAGCGCUGGAUGACGGAGUACAUGCGCUGCUUCUCUGCACGACUGAGGUAGAGGCUGAUCCAGGAUCAGUUUGUGUUAGUGGAUUUGAUGGAAAAAGAUCCCAAACCAGCAUUACAGGACCGGUACAGAAGGCACUGGACAAGUGACGUCAAAAACUGAAGAAAAAGUUAUACGCAUUCCUUUAAAUUCAAUAUGAGAUGCAGUUAUUCAUAAAAUGUAAAAAUUACUCUUAUUUUUUGAUGCUGGCUACAAUCACUUUCUCAUAAAUGCAUAUAAGGACCAAACAUUUAACUACCAAAACAUAUUUGAUAUGACAAAUACUUUAAUCACUAUUUGUUGGAAUUUAAUGUUAAUUUAAUUGUUUGGUUGUUAUUAGACAGUUUCAGAUCUUCUGACUUUUAACAUGGGCUGCAGGGAUUUAAUGAUCAAAAUUAAUUUCUGAGCGGACCAAACAUUUAUUGUUAAAAAAGUUUGUUUCUGACUCAGAUGAUUGUUUAUUCUGAUCUUUCCAGAAUGUUGUUCUAGACUCUCCAGCCUGCCUGUCAUUAAUAUGUCAGCUGUAAAAUGUAUUGUUCUUUUGAAUGUGAUUGACUGAUGUUUGGUUUGUUUUAAUUGAUCACAUGGUCAAUGAAUUUGUGUUUGAGAGGCCGUAUCAGAAGUGCAGUGCUGUCGUGAAAUGUUUUCUACGAAAGUGUAUUUUCCCCACCGAUCACCAACAAUCAUCAUUUUAAUCCACUUUUUGCACAAAGAUGUGAAGUAAUUAAUAUUUUUAGAUUGAAAAAAAUAAUUGAGGGCUAGUUGAAGGCCAUCAUUUGAUUCUUGUGAAUGUGAUCAUUUAUUAUGCACUGAGUUAUUUAUUAGAGCACAGAUUUGAUAUUAAAAUACAUAUUUGCUUACAUGUAUAAUUUGCUUUUCUGUGAAACCUUCAUGGUUUGCCAGGAGACAUUUCCUCUGCUCUUUAUCUUAAUAACUGGUUGCCUGUUAUCUGAACGUAUUUAUUCAGUUAUUCACUUGCUUAUGACUUCAUAUAAGGAAACUCAUCUUGUUUAAGGCUACCAACACUGACAUUCUUGAAUGAAGUGUAUGAAAUAUGCUAACUUAUAUUGAUUUUCUUCAGCAAUGUUUACAUUUUGACCACUGUAUUUGUACAUGCACAGGUAGAUAUAUUUUCAUCUGCAGAACAGAAAUACUCCUAAUGCAUUGCAGUGAAUAAACUAUGUUUGAGUAACA